AUGAUGGGUAUCCCAAUCUUGAGCCCUCCCCCGCCAAUAGAUCCCUCAUACAAACCAUCCACAUCCAUCACAUCAAUUCGUGCAAAUGCGCCCAUCGAAGAAAUCCUCUCCAUAAUGGAGCGCGACGGUGGCGUGAUCUUAACCGACUUCGCCACACCCGAAGACCUCGCCGCCAUCGAUAACGACGUCGAGGCCUACCGCAAGCAAACCCGAUCGACAGAGAAAGGUGCACUGCACAUCAUACCGAAAGAGACACUCGCGAUACCAGGCCUCGUUGGUAAAUCGCCCACCAUCGCGAAACUGUGUGAAUCGCCUGUCUUGGAAGACCUGCGGACGCACAUCCUGCAAGACAAAUUCAGCGUGAUCCGCGAGGACUUCGUCGAGGAAAACACGAUCAAUCCGCUAUUGAGCAUCAGCAUUACUUUUUACAUCGGAUAUGGGGCACCGCGGCAGAGGCUGCAUAGGGACGACAACGUGCAUGGUAUUAAGCAUGGUGGGAAGUUUGAUCUUAAGAAGGCAAGUCAAUUUGGGUGCUUAAUUGCAGGGUCCAGGACAACUCGGGAGAAUGGUGCCACGAUGUUCAUUCCGGGAUCGCAUAAGUGGGAUGAUAAGCGGCGCCCGAGGACGGAUGAGGUUUGUUUUGCUGAAAUGGACCCGGGCUCCGCUCUAAUCUUCCUGGCCUCCUGCUACCACGGAGGGGGCCACAACUCCGUUUCAGACGAAGUGCGGAAGGUCCACGGACUCUUCUUCAUCAGGGGGACGAUGCGGACGGAAGAAAACCAAUUUUUGGCGGUGCCAAGGAGCAAAGCGCUGACGAUGAGCGAUAAAAUGCUCUCGCUUCUGGGAUAUAAGAAGCCGUCUACUGUGUUGGGGAUCGUAGACAACGAGGAUCCGGCGCUGAACUUAAGAGCUGUCCUUGAUAAGGCGAGCCAUUAG